CACAGAAGACAAACGACAGAGCCGGGAUUGGAACCCAGGUCUUUCGACUCCCGGGUCUGUGCUUUAUCCACUAAGCUUCACGGCUUCCCUUUCCCAAGUAACUGUGAGUCAGGCAGUCCUGGACAUGACGGAGAUGGGAGCAUCUUCCUGACCGGAGACCUUGGCUUUAAGAAACAUUGCUGACCUGAUCCUACUUCACAAAGAAAAAGACAGAGAAGAAAGGAAAUUCAUCUUGGAUAAAUUCAAAUCACUGCAAAUAUUUUCAAGACUUUAGAGCCGGCUGCUAAAGCCAGUUUUGGAACUGGAAAUGUGUCAAGUGCUUCACACCUAAAUGAUUAAUAUUUAGAAGAGCUGCUAUAAUGCAUGAGGACAGAGAAAACUAAUGAAUGAAGAAUUGUGCCAUGCACUGAAAAGUUGGAACCUCAGCUGUGAAGCUUGGUGAAAAAUGUCUGCUUGUAACACCUUCACUGAACACGUUUGGAAACCUGGUGAAUGCAAAAAUUGCUUCAAACCAAAAAGUCUGCACCAACUGCCACCAUCUUCUGAGAAAACCUCCGUCACCCACAGCAACGUGAAAACCAAUGCCAACCACAGUAACAACCACCGGGUUAGGAAUACGGGAAAUUUCCGGCCCCCAGUAGCAAAGAAGCCCACCAUAGCUGUGAAACCUACCAUGAUGGUGAUAGAUGGGCAGAAUAUAUGCGGUGAAAUUAGCACCCCAGAACACUGUGAGAACAAGCCAGUAAUUUUAGGGUGGAACCGAAACAGGACUGCCAUGACUAAAAAACCACUUAACAAUAAUAAUGAAGAUGACGUUGAAGGAUUUAGCCACGUCCAUGGGCCUCCUGGCAACAAUGAAGGUGUAAGUAAAGUAGCAAAUAACAAUAAUGGACUGACUGAAGUGUUAAAGGAGAUUGCCGGUUUGGAUACCACCCCUCAGUUAAUGGGAGAUGAAAUCAACUCAAGAGAAACAUUCUUGGGAAGGAUCAACAAUUGCUAUAAACGAUCACUGGAAAGGAAGCUUCCCCCCAGCUGCAUGAUGGGUGGGAUGAAGGACAGUCAGAGUAAGCACGUCAUUCUGAGCGGCAGCACAGAAGUGAUCAGCAACGAAGGGGGUCGGUUCUGUUACCCGGAGUUUUCCAGUGGGGACGAGAGUGAGGACGAUGCGUUUUUUAGCGGCAUGCAAGAGGAGCAUGAAAGCUGGGACGAAAGCGAUGAAGAAUUGCUUGCCAUGGAGAUCCGCAUGCGAGGGCAGCCUCGCUUUGCCAACUUCAGGGCGAACACCUUGUCUCCCGUGCAGUUCUCUGUGGGCAAGAAAUGGAACACGGUGCCUCUCCGAAACAAGUCACUCCAAAGGAUCUGCGCGGUAGACUAUGACGAUAGCUACGAUGAGAUUUUGAACGGUUACGGAGCAGGCUCUGUGAUUCCUUAUGGGCAGGAAAGCCUGCAGAGCAUGGUGUCAUCUGAUUCCACGUCUCCCGACUCUUCACUGACAGAAGAGUCUCGCUCUGGGACUGCCAGUAGCUCAUCGCAGAAAAUGUGUAAUGGGGGGUUGUCACCCGGCACCCCGAAAGAGAUGAAGGGCAUCAAGACUAUGGAGCCGGGUUAUGAAAGUCUCUCUGAGAGUCAGCAGGUGAAGGACACUCCAAAAAGCCCUACCAAACUCCCAGAGACCCAUAAGGCAGUCCUUGCUCUCAGACUGGAGGAAAAAGACGGCAAGAUCGCCCUACAGACCGAGAAGCAGGAAAGCAAGAGCUCCAUAGAUGUCGCCGGGCAAGCAGUGACGAUAAAUCUAGUACCCACAGAGGAGCAAGCAAAGCCUUACAGAGUAGUGAAUCUGGAGCAGCCGAUAUGCAAGCCAUACACCGUAGUGGAUGUCUCGGCGGCCAUGACCCAGGAGCAUAUGGAAAGGCAGACGGAAAGUCCCAAAGUGAAAAGCCCAUCCUCUUCCCCAAAUUCCCCCCUCACGUCUCCCGCUUCAACAGCGGGGCAAGCAAACGCCCAUUUAAAGAAAUCUAGUGCGAUCCGAUACCAGGAAGUCUGGACUUCCAGUACCAGCCCGCGACAAAAGAUACCUAAAGUUGAAUUAAUUAGUGGCGGUUCAGGACCAGUGGUUCCUCCACGGAAGAGCUGCCAUAAAUCAGCCCCUACUUCACCCACAGCCACGAAUAUUUCUUCCAAGACUAUCCCAGUUAAAUCGCCCAAUUUGUCCGAGAUAAAAUUCAAUAGUUACAAUAACGCCGGCAUGCCUCCUUUUCCCAUCAUCAUUCACGAUGAACCGACUUACGCUCGGAGCUCUAAGAACGCAAUCAAAGUUCCCAUUGUAAUCAAUCCAAAUGCAUAUGACAAUCUAGCCAUCUAUAAAAGUUUUCUGGGAACCAGCGGAGAGUUAUCCAACAAAGAUAAAACCACGAGUGUAAUAAGCCACACUUACGAAGAAAUAGAAACAGAGAGCAAGGCGUCCGAGUGCGUGGGUAGUAAACCCCCUGAAUUGCCCUCAACUAAAGGGCUCUCGAAUAGCCCAGAGCGCAAGUUAGGGUCUGUGGCUCAGAAGGUUCAAGAGUUUAACAAUUGCCUCAGCAGAGGUCAGGCUUCACCACAGAGAAGUCACGGUUCGAGCCAUGGCUCCCCUGCAAAAAUCCAGAAAACCACUCAAGAGUCUUUCACCAAAAUAGAAUCCUCUCAGGAGUCUCAGACAUCUGGCGGCAACAACAGGGAGAAAGCAAGCACAGUACUUUCUCAGAUCGUGGCUUCCAUCCAACCCCCACAGUCUCCUCCCGAAACCCCUCCGUCUGGCCCCAAAGCUGGCAAUGUGGACGAGUUAUAUGCUCUUCCUCCAGAUGCAGACACCACUGAAAACACACCAGUACGGCCCAGUGCUCUCUUUACGUCGCAGCCCAGCAGCGAGACUGAAGUGCUCCAGCCUGCCGAGAGCCCUACCCCUAAAACCCAGAAAGAUCCACUUUCUAAGCCAGUGGGCGCUAACCCCUCCAAGCCAGUUACCAGCCCUUACGCGGCCAGCCCCAAAACAGAACAGGCACCUCCUUUUCCUCCGCCACGUUCCACCUCUUCUCCUUACCACGCGAGCAACCUUUUGCAGAGGCACUUCAGCAACUGGACCAAGCCAACCAGCCCCACCAGGUCAACGGAGGCCGAAUCGAUUCUUCACCCCGAGGGCAGACGGGCAGCCGACGCCAAGCCCAAGCGCUGGAUAUCAUUUAAGAGCUUCUUCCGCCGCAGGAAAACUGAUGAGGAGGAAGACAAAGACAAAGAGAGAGAGAAAGGGAAGUUGGUUGGCCUGGAUGGGACGGUCAUCCACAUGCUUCCCCCACCUCCUGUCCAACGCCAUCAUUGGUUCACGGAAUCAAAGACCGAGGCGAAUGAGAAGCCGUCCAUCAUUUUCAUGUACAGAUGUGAACCUGAACAGAUGGAACCAAACGCUGACCAAAACAAGACCGGGGUGGAGCAACCAGCCAUUAUAAGUAGAGGAGAUUUAGAAGAAAAACUCCCGCAAGACACUGGCACUGAAAAGAAGAAAAGAAGCCAUUCUUCUCCUCCUCAGAUUCCCAAGAAAAUUCUCAGCUCAGCAGAAGUCAAUGGGAUCAAUGGCUCACCAGAGUUUCAAAACAUGAUUAACAGACUCAAGAAGGUCCUGAGAGAAUUUCCUUUAAUGGGGAAUUGUGUGAGUGAGUACAGUGGUCAAGGGUCAGAUGAGGCAUCAGUGGAGAAGGUUUCUCCUCGCAUCCCUUCUCCUCGCAUCCCUUCUCCUCGCGUCUCAAGAGCUGCCCUACUGAAGCAAGAAAGCAAUGGCGAUGCCUCGGUCCUGCCAGUCCCGCCUCCGCAGACCCCAGAGCGGGAGGAAGAAAAGGAGGAAACUUCCGAUCCUUCUGAUGCGAGCUCAUGUAGCGCAACGUAUAGCAACCUAGGGCAAUCCAGAGCCGCCAUGAUACCCCCCAAGCAUCCCCGGCAACCCAAGGGAGCUUUAGAUGAUGCCAUCGUUUUUGGAGGAACGGCAGAACGGGAAGCAAGUAAAGAUCGCCAGCCCACACCACCGCCGUUGCCGAAGAAAACCAUCAUGAGAGCCAACACCGAACCGAUUCCCAAAGAUCUCCAGAGGUCCCUGGAGAAUGCCUUGUACGUCGUGGCCAACCCCACCUACGAUAUUGACCCAAACUGGGAUGACAGCAGUGUCGGCUCUUCAGUCAGCUCGGAACUCAAGGGAUUGGACCACGAGUCCGGCGAUUCCUUGGACAGACAGCCGCGGAAAACGAGACCCUCCGCCUCAGCCGCCAACAGCGUUUGCAGCUUAACCACUAUCAGUAUUAAGGAUCGGUUCUCCAACAGCACGGAGUCCCUGACAGGGAGACGCGACCCCCAGGGCCAGCGGGGCAAAAGUAUCCAGAAGCCACAGAGGCAAGCACUUUACCGAGGAAUCGAGAACCGGGAGGAAAUGAUGGGACAGAUCCGAAGCCUCCACACAGAUUCGCUGAAGAAACUGGCAGUCAAAUGUGAAGAUCUUUUCAUGGCCGGACAAAAGGAUCAACUUCGGUUUGGAGUGGACAGCUGGUCAGACUUCAGGCUGUCCAGUGACAGGCCGUGCUGUGAGGCUGGCGAUGCCGUUUACUACCCAGCUUCGUAUGCAAAAGAUCCGCUCAACAACUACGCAGUUAAGAUCUGCAAGAGUAAAGAGAAAGAAUCCCAGCAGUAUUAUCACAGCUUAGCCGUCCGUCAGAGUCUGGCGGUGAAUUUUAACAUCCAGCAGGACUGUGGCCAUUUCCUGGCCGAAGUCCCCACUCGUCUUCUUCCCUGGGCAGACCUCGACGCCUCCGGGAAGGCGGGGGAGGACGAGGAAGAGGAGGACGACGCGGAGGCGGGGGAAGCCGAGCCGAAGAGCAGGGACGCGCCGGCGGAGGCAGCCGGCUCCAGCGGCCAAGGAGCCGCCAGCAAGCAGCGCAGUCACGUGGUGGUCAUCACCCGGGAGGUCCCAGACCACACGGUAGCCGACUUCGUCCGCGAGGGGGCCGCCCAGCACGGGAAGGACGCGGAGAUGUACGAAAGGCAAGUGUGCCUGCUCCUUUUACAGCUCUGCUCGGGCCUGGAGCACCUGAAGCCCUACCACGUGACCCACUGCGACCUGCGGCUGGAAAACCUGCUGCUCGUCCGCCCCGGACCCGGGAGAGGCCCCCAGAGCGGAGAGCCCGGGGAGCCCGGCCUCCCCGCCGCCUCCCUGGGGCCGCCGAUCAACCGGCUGAUCGUGAGCAACUUCUCGCAGGCCAAGCAGAAGAGCCACGUGGUCGAUCCCGAGGUCCUCCGGGACCAGUCCCGCCUGGCCCCGGAGAUCAUCACGGCCACGCAGUAUAAAAAGUGCGACGAGUUCCAGACGGGCAUCCUCAUUUACGAAAUGCUGCACCUCCCCAACCCUUUCGAUGAGAAUCCGGAGCUGAAGGAGAAAGAGUACACCCGGGCCGACCUCCCCCGGAUCCCCCGCCGCUCCCCCUACUCCCCGGGCCUGGAGCAGCUCGCCGGCUGCCUCCUGAACCCCAACCCUUCGGAGCGGAUCCUCAUUUCCGACGCCAAGGGGAUCCUGCAGUGUCUCCUCUGGGGUCCUCGGGAGGAUGUGUUCCAGAAACUCUCCACCUCCUCCGGCGCCGGGCAGAGAAGUGCCGUCCUCCAAAACUGGCUGGACAUCAGGCGGACCCUGCUGACGAUCAGGUUUGCCGAGAAGUCCUUGGACAGGGAGUGUGGCAUCAACCUCGAAGACUGGCUCUGUGCCCAGUAUCUGGCCUUCGCCACGACGGAAUCCCUCAGCUGCGUGGUGAAGAUCCUCCAGCCCCGUUAAAGCCGCUGCCCCGAAGCGCCCCAUUCUGCCCACUGGCGCGAGAGCCGAAAAGAGACGAGUUCUCGCGGCUACCGUCCCCGAGCAAGCGGGAAGCCAUUUGGUUGUCUCCAACUUGAAAGAUAAUGGAGUCCUAUUCAGCCUCAGAAUUCCAGCUGUUGAAAUGAAAUUGCAGGAGCAAACAGGUGCCUCCAGCUGAAUACCUUCCACUCUAAUAUUUCUAUGAAUAUAUAUAUAAAUAUACAUAUAUAUAUAUAUAUAUAUACACAUACGUGUGUGUGUGUAUAUGAAAAACAACCUAAGCGAAUAACUCUGUUUAGAAGAGUACAGUGAGCUGCAUUUAAAUAUCCCACUCACGCUGGAUGUACCUUCCACUUCAGCAUCAGAGGUUUACUGUAUAUAGCAGCAAAACAAUGUUAACUAAUGAUGGUAACCAGGAGACAAUUAAAAUGUUCAUUUUUCUUUCUUUCUCUGAAAUAUGUAUAUCUGAUUAGUAGUUCUGUAGAACUAUUAGCGUCAUCAUAAUGGUGUGACCAGAGGCUGCAUCGAUGUAUUGCAGACGUUGGAGAGAAAAAUGAAAGGUCCCAUUCGAAACUAGCCUUCGAUCCGGUGGUUGAAAGGACCGGAACCCCAUCUCAUCCAGCUCCCCCACCACUCCCCUCUUCCCACCGCAACCAGACACGAUCCUUGCCGUUUGAGAUUCCGGUCAUCGGCCCCUCGUGGCCUCUUAAGGAGCGUUGUCAGAUCGGGGUCCCUGACGUCUCGGUGGGGUAAGGGCAUUGUUCUGCUCUGACCUCCUCGUUGCCGGCGGGGUCCGGUGGAGAUGGCCAUCCUGUGUGUGCAGUUCUCCGGGGGCCGAGGGCGGGGGGGAACGGCUGUUUUAAACGACAGCUCCCUGAGGGCCGCCGGAGCUAUCGUGUUCAGCAGCCACAGCGAGCAGGGCCCCGAUCGUGGUUCUCCUUCCCCUUUAGCAAUAAUCAGAUCUCUCCUUUUCUCGGUAGCCAGUGUUAACGAGCGCACCGACUGCUCCAGACGGGGCUCUUGCAGGGGACUGGCGUUCAGCCGAGCUCUGAGAGCCGUUCGCAGGGAGAAGAACUGCUUGGCUGGCUCUCGAGGUGAAGGCAAGAGGGGAAAGACUCUUCUUGCUGCAGCUGCUGUCCUCCUCCCCUGGAUCAAUCACCUGGCCUGUAUAGUAGACGCCUCUUCCUCGGACAAGUUGCCCGACCGCUCGGCAUUACCGGCCUCCACUUCUCCGGUAACUAGUCGCGAAGGCCAAGUUCGGAAGGGAAUUUGAUUUGUUAAGAGGAUGGCAGAGAGCCUAUGGCCUCGUUUAGAGCCCGUGCUUUACUCCUAUGGAUCUAUGUGCAAUUCUUCUAUGUAUUUUUUUAAAGCUGUAUAUUACAGUGUUUACGUUGCAACUUCACCUGAAGCAAGACCUGUAGAAAACCUCGCCCUCUCCCGCCCCCUUUACCCUCGCCGCCCCCUUUUCCCGGCACCUAAACACGCUGAGAUCAGUGCUUUUUACUUGUAUCGCUAUGUGUCCGUCUGUCUUUGCUCCAAACUGUGAGGAAUCGGUUUACUUCAGCCUUGAAAACAAAAUAGCCACUUUGUGUGCGGAUGCUGGGACCAGCGGCCGGGACCUCAGACAGAAGAAGAGUCCAGAGGGCAGGAGGUCGGCAAGAGACAUUCUGCCCUCCCGGACAGAAAGGACCCUAAAGUCCCCACAGCAUUUCCUGUGGGGGGGUCCCCCCACCCAGCCGAGCUCCGCGAAAUGUGGAAAUCGGGAUGGACUGUGGCAGUAUUACAGAGCACAUCUGUGGCCUUUAAAAAAAUGUUUCUAAACUUUUGUGAUUUUUUUAACAGCCUUUCGUUUGAUUCAUCUGUAUCAGAGAGGGAAUCAGGAAAGGAGAAGGAGAAUGUAUUUUAUUGUGAUAAUUAUCUUUUGUAAAGAAAGAAAAAAAGUAAAAAUAGAGAAGCAGAAAGGGGGUCGGCAUUUGGGAGCCUUGUUGGUGACCUCCGUCAGCAUGGCUGGGGGCGGGGCGGGGGCGGCUCCUGGCCGAGGACGGGGGAGGCUCCUGGCCGAGGGUGCUUUUUAAGAACCAGUUCAGAUUGGCUGUGCUGGGAAGCUUGUACAGAAACAUUGCACUAGUAGUGACCCUACGCAGCUCGUGGGAGUACAGAACCUGAGACUCGGGGGCUUCCGGCCCCGAAGCAGAACCCGCUCUCUGAAUAGCCGCCCGUUUUCCUCAUCACCAGCCCUACUACCCGCUGCGCUGAAGGCGCUUACUCUAUCUGCAUGGUUUGGCUUUGCCUUUCUUCUUUAACGUAGCCCUGGUGCGCAGAACUCUUCGCCUAGCUCUAUAUUGCCUCGGCGGCACCCAGACCAGCGGCCCCUUCACUAGCCCACUCUUCGAGGCCACCAGACGGCUCGUGGAAUCGAGAGGGCAUUUCUUACUGUCACUUUCAUUUCGACUUGCACAUGCACAGUUAUGAGGUGGAAUAUUCAGUGCACCUGGCCCCCAGCCUUUUUCCUCUUUGUUCUUUAGAUGGGUAAUUUUGUUUCCCUUUUUUGUGAUGACUUUGAUCCAGUAUUCAUUUUAGCUCUCUAGUAUAAUCAGCAUGGCCACACUUUCACUACCUAGCUCUUUAUUGUGCAGCACUGAGGAAACUUAGCACCUCUCUAAGUUAGAUGUGAUUAUUCCAAUCUUGUUUUGUUUAGGUUUUUGUUGUUAUUGCAGAAGGGUUUUUUGAGGGGGGUUCGUUUUUGUUUUUGUAUAUUGUCUUUAAGGGACAGAAAUGAAUGCCAGCUGGCUACUUGCAGAAACCUGAGACUUUCCAGAGAUAAGGGGCAGGGUCACCACCAAGUUUCUCUCAGGGCGGUGCCAGUGCGAGUUGAGAAAAAAGGGAGCCAGCACCCUGUCAGAGAACUGCAUCCCGUUGGUCCUCACCAAAAAUUAUUUCCAGAAGAAAGCAACCUAUUGGUGUUCCAUUACCUAGUGGCAAAUAUGAAAAAUCUUCUGCGAGUUGUAAUGGAGGCCUUGCUUUCAUUCGCCCAACUGGCACACACUCUCGGGUUAGAGUUUUUUUAAGUAGAGCACUUUCCGUUUGUCUAAAGCAGUGUCUUCAGCUCCAAGUCCACAGAAUCGCAAUUGUUUUUUAUAACUAACAACACUGGACAUGUGCCCAUCCGUGUCAAGGUGGUGGAGAAAUGAAGCCGCUCUCUGAAGAGGCCUUUAAGCGAGUCGCUUCUUGAAGCUGAAUAGAGUCGAGCCAAAGCUCUCCGAUCCGUUUGGGUGAGGAGGAAGUGGAGAAGGCUGGGUGGGGAAGAGCCUGGAUCAGAGGCUGAGUGGAGAGGUGAGUACCUUGGCAGACUCAAAGUCUGCUCUUGGAAGAGAAUUAAUGGUGUUCCCGCCGUCAUUAAAUAGGAGGGUUCAAGAGGGUGUUAGGUUAUUGAGUUGGUUUAAGGAAAAAAAUAAACUUUUUCAAAUCUAUGCUUUCUUAGGAUUUAGGAACUGAUUAGUUACCCAGAAGUGAGAAGUGCAAACCUGCGAAGCCCAGUCAGCCCCUUGCUGGGGAGAUCAAAUGGGUUCCUCCAAGUCCUGGAGUAAUCUAGAAUUAGGGGCCCCUUGACUCCAGAACAUGAAGACUCUCGAGUCAAGUCUGGGAGAACCAAGAUGUCUAUGGCUACCACGUCCAUAGAUGUCCAAAGGGUUGACACGUGAAAAACAAGAUGGUUCCUCAAGCUAGUCCCUCAGAAACUCAGAGAAUCUAAUUUAGCAUCUAAAAUCAGGUCUAAUGAGUAGUGGCCGUAUUGCAUCAGGAGAUUUCAAACCUAGAAAUAUUAAGACAGGUAUCUCAAAAUUGUGUCCCAAAACCCCGUCUUUGUAGAACUACUAUGGUGGGCUUUCUCUGGGCCAGUAGACGGUAAAAGACCAGGAGUUCGGGACCAGAUCUCCAGUCCUGAACUGGGAAUAUUUCUGGGAUGAGAAAUGGGCUGUUAACAACUUAGGCUGCAAAGAGGCUAACUGGCCUAGUGGCAUCCUCAGGGCUGAAAUUCUACCAGGUUUUCUCCAGUUUUGAGUCCAUUAGCAGACUAGAAUCCAAACAAGGAUCUGGAAAGUGUAGGCCCAUCUACCAGAACUUUGAUGUUAUGGAGAUUUGCCUCUGUUAUUUUAACGAUCCAGAUGUCCGGAUGAAGAAGUAAAAACAUUUAGGAAGACGUUGGCUUCCAACUCCAGCUGCUCUGGGGCAGUCCAACUCCGCCCCCCAGUAACCUACCUUCCUUCCUGCCUUCCUGCCUUCCUGCCUGCCUUCCUUCCUUCUUUCCAUUCCUUUUUUCUUUUCCUUUUCUUUUUCUUUCUCAAGAAAUAGCAUUUCAUUUAUACCCCUCCACGAGUGGUUAAGAAUCGAUUCCUGCCCAGCCUAAUGAUUGCUUCCCAGAAAACUUAGCGAUUAGUUUUUAUCUAGUUUGGGUUCGGACUUGGAUCCUUUAAAAAGUGUUUUGCAGCUCUGAGUCUAUUUACUGCUCUUAUUGUACAGAGAGUUUAAGAGGACCAAACAGGAUUCCAUGUGGGGUUCCCAGAGGAAUUUGCAUUUACAGGCUGCAGUUUGGGAUUAUACCAAAGAAAUGGAGAUUUUUCACCAUGAUGCUAAAGGGAGCUUUGGCUCCGAUGCUUCCAAGAGGGUUACUGCCAGUGCCCUAGGAGGGCAAUUAGCUGCAUUCAGUUUGAUCGGUUCAGAGCAACUUCAUGGAGAGAAACUCCCAGGUUCAGAAAAGACUUUGUCUUAAAGCCAUUUUGAGAAGACCACUGAGCAGAAUGUAAAGUCUAAGUUCUAGGCAAAACAGGAGUGGCCUCGCGGCCUCGGCCCCCUCCCAAGUAAGAGUGGCCUGGCGGUAUUUUCCAGGCCAGGCUUGUGUAAGUUUCAUUCUUUUUGGCGCUGUAUGGGAAGGAUUUUCAGAGGGAGAAAUGGUUGGGAUAGGUUUGUGUAAAGAGCCCUUGGGAGAUUUCUUAAUGUAUUGUAGUCAUUUUUAUAAGCCUUCACGCAUAGGUGUUUAACCACUCAUCAUCCCUCAUCAUUUAAUAUUUAUUAAGUGCCCAGAAUAUUCAAGGUGCUAUCCAGCUGCCCACAUUACUCCCAGCAGCUGUUUGAGAUUGAACUGAGUUUGCUUCGGUCGCAGGAAGCUUUUAGAGUGGGAGCAAUCUGUAGAGGGCAUGAUAUACUCUUCCUUUCCCUUCCUGGUGCAUUUUGUUUCUCAGAAGAACCUUGUCUAAUUUCGGCUCGGCCACCUCCAUCCCACCCUCUGCAUUUUUUUUUUUAAUCCAAGAAGGUUUCAGGGAUUCAGAAGAAGUUGGAAAUUUUUUUAUGUAAAAGAAAUAUAUAGACUAUAAAUAUAUAUAUUACUACAAAUUUUAUUGUACUCCUGAAAAUCCACUCUGUCCCUGUCAUGGGGUGUACAUGUCACGUGUGUGUGUGUGUGUGCGCGCGCGCGCGUGUGCGUGUGUGGUGAGUUUGCUCAAAUAUUAUAUUUCAGGGGAGGAAAUUUGAAAGAAAAAAAUACACUACUUCAGGAAAAUCUAUGUCAAAUAGGAGGACUCACCCUUACCCGAUUCAGAAAGUUUUAUGCCAGAACUGGCUUGGUUUUGAUUUUUCUCUUGAAAUUAUGCAGGUCAUUUUAGGUGUAAGAUCAGUAAAGAAAGAGUGAUUCCUUCCCUUUCCAUAUUUUUAUAACUGGGAUUAUCUUUCCCCCAAUCUCUCAAAAAUGAAGUUUUUUAAUAUUUGAAUUUUGCCCCGCACUUUUCUGUGUAAGCUUCAUUUGGAAAUUUUCUUUCCAUGCUUUAACUGAUGCUUCAUAUCUCUAGUUACACAUUCUUACGUGUUUAUAAAUGUAUUCACUCAUUGCCUCCUUCUAUCAUCAGGAGGUUUUACACUCUGGUUUGCUGUGGUACUUUGCUGUGUACUCUUGUGGCAGUCAUAUUACUGUGUAAAUAAACUAGUUUUAUUACACUGAAAGCCAA